AACACGAGGUGUUGUGCCCCAUUGUUCAUGAGGUGGCGCUCGACAGUCCUCAUAAACCUCUGGCCGCGAGCUGAGGCACUUUUGUUUUCUUUGCAGCCCUGCGUUCUGCGGAGAUCAUGAGAUAUUGUUGAAGAAGAGAGUUCAUAUCAGUCUCGCGUAAACCUGCUCCCGCGCGGAGCUGCCCUUACCAUCCUAGGGACUUUUUGGCUUCGUUCUUCUUUAAGAAUAAUUGGGAAAACCAGAUACCGAUCAUGGGCAAGAACAAAUCAGAAGAUAGAGGAGCAGAUUUCUCCCAUGACCCCUACUCGUGGGAUGGUGUUACCGGCUGGAGGAGCCAAAGAGUGCUCCGACCGGGUCGGGGCAUGUAUUGGGAUGUCCGACGGCGAUUACCGUACUAUUGGAGUGACCUCCGAGAUGGCUUCACCUACCGAACCAUGGCCGGCACAGUUCGAAUCUUCUUUGUCAAUCUCUUGCCAGCCCUGGCCUUCGAACUGGACAUGUUGCGCCAGACAGGCGGAUUCUUCGGCAUCAAUGAAGCACUUCUUUCCUCGGCGUUGGCGGCUUUCGUCUUCAGCACCAUGUCCUGUCAACCUUUGACUGUGGUUGGUAUCACAGGUCUGAUAUCACUGUUCAACUACACCAUCUACGAUAUCGCCGUUGCGCAGGGUAUCGUGGACAUCUAUCCUCAAUUCAUCGCCUGGGUGGCCAUUUGGGCAGCCAUCACUCAUUGGAUGGCGGCUAUCUUUAAUUGGUGUGAUUACAUGCGCUAUAUCACUGAUUUCUCGACCAAUUCGUUCGGCAUGUAUGUGUCCAUCAUUUACAUGAUCAAAGGAGUCGAGGAACUCGUUGCCAACUUUGAUGAGUCCAACCCAGCAGCAGGUUACCUCGGAAUUGUCAUUGCUCUUUGUUUCUGGUUCUCGGUCUUCAUCCUCGAAUAUAUGGGGUCGACCCGGUUAUUCCGUGCGCCGAUCCGCAAGGUGCUUUCUGAUUAUGCAUAUCCGAUUGCCACCAUUUUCUGGGUCGGCUUCUCACACAUUCCCGGCCGCAUCAAAAAUGCUGAUCUGCCUCGCAUUCCCGUAACACGCCCCUUCUAUCCAACUGUAGACCGACCUUGGUUGAUCGACUUCUGGAACCUUCCUGUCAAAUGGGUCUUCGUCGCGCUGCCUAUUGGCAUAUUGUUGACUUUGCUAUUCUAUUACGACCACAAUGUCAGCUCACUUACCGCGCAAGCCAAGAAUUUCCCACUCAAGAAGCCCGCAGGCUUCCACUGGGAUUUCUUCUUGCUUGGAUGCACCUCCUUCGCAGCCGGCAUCAUUGGCAUCCCACUGCCAAACGGACUCAUCCCGCAGGCACCAGUUCACACCGACGCAUUGACAGAGUAUCGAGAUGUUUUGUCCGUGAGCAAGGAAAAAUAUGACGAUGAAAAGGAUUCUGAACCGAUCGUGCAUAACCAUAAGGUAGUCCGAGCGGAGAGAGUCCACGAGCAGCGCAUCUCACACUUCCUCAUGUGUCUCGGCUUGGUCGGCUGCAUGACUGGACCUCUACUCACAGUGCUACAGACCAUGCCUCGAGCGCUCUUCGCAGGCGUCUUCUUCGUGGUGGGCUUCAGCGGCAUUCCCAGCUUCAACAUCACCCAGAACCUCCUUUACUGCAUGACGGAGCGCCAAUUCAUCGAUUCGGGCGAUGCACGCCUGACGCUCACGAAAUCACGCAUCUUCUAUUACACCAUGUUCCAGGUCGUGGGCGUUGCCAUCAGCGUGGCCAUCUCGCAGACCAUCGGUGCGAUCGGAUUUCCCGUCAUCAUUGUUUCGUUAAUCCCGCUGCGCUGGUGCAUUCUCCCGCUGAUUUUCACCGAGCAUGAGCUUCUUAUCCUGGAUGCUCCGACGGCAGAAUCCGAUAAUGUGCUCUGCUCUUUGGGUGGUCAGCCUGAACGUCCUGAGGUCAAGCGCGCCCGGGCGAAAAGAGAGCAACAAGAUGGCAACGGCGAGACUGGACGGAGUACAGCCAGUGCGCAAAGCAGCGAGGCUUCUCAGGCAGGUGCGGUCCGGUCAAGAGAAGGCUUCAAAGACGCAGAAGAAGAAAAUGUUGAAAUGGACAAGGAGCGGGUUCGUCAGCGUGAGGGAGUUGAGCCGACCUCGAAUACUGGUCAUGACUGAACGUGUAGAUAGAUCGUGAUGUAUUUUCUGCGGGACAUGAUGAACGAAUUCCAAUUGGUUCGUACAUGGAAGACGCUCACUUUUCAUGGAUUUUAUUAUGAUGUUGCUGAACUUCUCAAUGUUUUCGGGAGGAUUGCGCCGAGCUUGGUAGAUUCUC